AAGGAACUAGUGAAUUAGAUCCAGUAAGGGGGUUUAGGAGAAGUUGGUCUUUGACCAAGGCUAGAAUUUCUUCGCAGUGACGGCGUCCGUGUUCUAAGGAGGACCAUGUCAUUAGACUUUGGCAGCAUGGCGCUACCGACACAGAAUGAAGACGAAGAAUAUGACAAAGAAGACUAUGAGAGGGAGAAAGAGUUGCAGCAGCUUCUCACAGACCUUCCUCAUGAUAUGCUGGACGAUGACGACCUCUCCUCCCCCGACCUCCACUAUUUGGACUGCAGCGAGGAUGACGCAGAGGAAGAACCGCACCAUCCUGAGCAAUCGGAGAGGAACUGGCAUGAACAUCAAGUGCUGCCCAAAUCUCAAAGUGACUAUACAGAAAUUCAGGGUUUCUUCAUUGGAGAAAAAUGUAAUGGCUGGGAAGAAAAUCCGAGAAAAACUGAAGACCGACACGCUGGGUACCAUCCUGAAGAAGGUGGAGAUGAAGGCGGAAGUGGCUACAGUCCUCCCAGUAAAUGUGAACAGACUGAUUUGUAUCACCUUCCCGAAAACUUUAGACCAUACACCAAUGGUCAGAAGCAGGAAUUUAACAGCCAACCGACCAAUGUAAUUAAAUUUUCAGAUCCCCAGAGGAACCAUUUUCAGCCAUUUGGUUCAUCACAAGGUCCCAGUUGUCAAGCUUUGGAAUCAUAUAAAGUGACAUAUAAACCUUAUCAGCCUUCUGCCCAGAAUAACGGUGCACCUGCCCAGGAGAUAGCAGGAAGUGACACAUUCGAAGGCCUGCAGCAACAAUUUUUAGGAGCUAAUGAAGCAGAUUCUGCAGAAAACAUGAAAAUUAUUCAACUUCAGAUUCUUAACAAAGCAAAAGAGAGACAACUAGAAAAGUUUGUUGAAAAGUUAAAUGAAAGUGAACGUCAAGUUCGGUAUCUGAAUCACCAGCUUCUGAUGAUCAAAGAUGAAAAGAAUGGUUUGACCCUCAGCCUUCGAGAAUCACAGAAACUCUUUCAGAAUGGAAAAGAAAGAGAGAUGCAACUUGAGGCCCAAAUACAAGCACUAGAGGCCCAAAUACAAGCUUUAAAAGUCAAUGAAGAACAGAUAAUCAAGAAGUGCAGAACCACUGAGAUGGCUCUGGAAAGCCUGAAGCAGCAACUGGUGGACCUUCAUCAUUCUGAGUCACUUCAACGAGCUAGAGAGCAGCAUGAGAGCAUUGUGACGGGGCUCACCAAAAAGUAUGAAGAGCAAGUACUGUCCUUGCAAAAGAAUUUGGAUGCUACGAUGACUGCACUGAAAGAACAGGAAGACACUUGCUCUCAUUUGAAAGAUCAUGUGAAACAGCUGGAAAGGAAUCAUGAAGCAGUCAAGUUAGAAAAGACUGAGAUCAUUAACAGGUUGACCAGAAGCCUAGAGGAGGCUCAAAAGCAGUGUGCCCACUUGUUACAGUCCGGCUCAGUCCAAGAGGUGGCCCAGCUCCAGCUCCAGCUGCAGCAAGCACAGAAGGCACAUGCCAUGAGCGAAAACAUGAACCAGGCUUUGCACGAAGAACUAACUGAACUCAAAGAUGAAAUUUCUCUCUAUGAAUCUGCUGCAAAACUAGGAGUACUUCCAAGCAACUCAGAGGGAGAAUUAAAUGUUGAACUCUCUGAAUCCUAUGUGGAUUUAGGUAUCAAAAAAGGCAACUGGAAAAAAUCCAAAGUUAACAGCAUUGUUCAGCCAGAAGACCCGAAUCAAGAGCUUUCAAAUGAUGAGUUCAUUCUGAAGUUGAAAACAGAAAUGCAGCGUUUGCUGAGUAGCAACUCAAUAAAGCGUCACCUGGUGUCUCAGUUGCAAAAUGAUCUCAAAGACUGUCGUAAGAAAAUUGAAGAUCUCCAGCAAGGGAAGAAGGAUGAAAAAAGCACGGAGGUUGAGACUAAAACAGAGACCUCAGAACAACCAACUAAUCAGCUACUGCCUGACUCUUCAACUUCACACAUGAUUGCAGACAUACUGCAGCUUAAAAAUGAAAUUCAGGUUUUGCAGCAACAAAAUCAGGAACUUAAAGAAACUGAAGAAAAACUGAGAAAUACAAAUCAAGACUUAUGUAAUCAAAUGAGACAAAUGGUACAGGAUUUUGACCGUGAUAAAAAAGAAGCUGUGGACAGGUGUGAGAGGACUUACCAACAGCACCAUGAAGCCAUGAAAGCCCAAAUACGUGAAAGUCUAUUGGCGAAGCACGCUUUGGACAAACAGCAGCUCAUUGAGACUUAUGAGAGGACUCACUUGCAACUUAGGUCUGACUUAGAUAAGAUGAAUAAGGAGGUGGCUGCUGUGCAGGAAUGCUACCUGGAAGUGUGCAGAGAGAAGGAUAAUCUAGAAUCGACUCUCAGGAAGACCUUGGAAAAGGAGCAGCAGGCUCAGGAGAAGAUCAAACAAAACCUCAUUCAACAGCUUGAAAAGGAGUGGCAGUCGAAGCUGGAUCAAACUAUAAAGGAGAUGAAAAAGAAGACCUCAGAUUGUGGCAGCCAGACGGACCAAGUAACCACCACUGAUGUUAUUUCCAAGAAAGAGAUGGCAGUCAUGAUGGAAGAGGAGAAGCAAAAGAUCCAGCAAAACUUAGAACAAGAGAAGGAAAUAGCUAUCAAAGAGGCUUUGAAGCAACUUGAAACUGAAUUGGAACUUAAAUAUUGUGAAAAUAUCGCCAAACAGGUAGAAGUAGCCGUGCGGAACGCCCGGCAUCGAUGGCUGGAAGAGCUGCCUGACCUCGCAGAGUAUCAGGCACUAGUGAGAGCGGAACAGAAGAAGUGGGAGGAGCAGCAGGAGGCCUCUGUGGCCAAGCGGAUAUUGUUUGCUGUUUCUGAAGCUAAAGAGAAAUGGAAAAGUGAGCUUGAAAAUAUGAAGAAAAAUGUAAUACCUGGAAAGGAAUUGGAAGAGAAGAUUCAGUCUCUUCAGAGGGAACUGGAGUUAAAGAAUGAGGAGGUCCCUGUGGUCAUCAGGGCUGAGCUGGCUAAGGCUUGGAGUGAAUGGAACAAAGAAAAGCAAGAAGAAAUCCACAAAAUUCAAGAACAAAAUGAGCAAGAUUACCGGCAAUUUCUAGAUGAUCAUCGAAACAAAAUUAAUGAGGUGCUUGCGACAGCUAAAGAAGACUUUAUGAAACAAAAAACUGAACUGCUUCACCAGAAGGAGACAGAAUUACAGACAUGUCUAGACCAGAGUCGUAGAGAGUGGACUAUGCAGGAAGCUAAGAGGAUCCAACUGGAAAUCUGUCAGUAUGAGGAAGACAUCCUCACAAUCCUUGGGUUUCUCUUAUGGGAUGUCCCAAAGGAGCACAUCACUGGUUUGGGGGACAAACAGCUUUUGGAAAUGGUGUCGAUUUGUUCUUCAAAAUGGGUGUCUGUCCAAUAUUUUGAAAAACUAAAGGCCUGCAUUCAGAAGGCAUUUCAAGAUAUCCUUUAUCUACUUAUAGAAAAUGCUGACUCAGAUAGGGAAAAGAGAUUGGCCAAGAUCUCUAAGGAUCCUGCCAGCCAGGCCACUGGCAGAGGAGACUCUGGAGCCCUGACAUCCCUUCCUGCAGCACCCACUUCUGGACACCAUGCUCAGCCCUUGGUCUCGCAAGAAAUAGAAGCCAAAGCUGAUAAGAAAAAGAUCCUUGAAAUUAAAGAUUUAUGCUGUGGACACUGCUUCCAAGAACUUGAAAUGGCAAAGCAGGAAUGUCAAGAUCUGAAAAGAAAACUGGAGAGAUGCUGUAGGCAUCUUCAGCACUUAGAAAGGAAGCACAAGGCUGUAGUGGAAAAGAUUGGAGAAGAGAAUAGUAAAGUUGUUGAAGAAUUAAUAGAAGAAAACAAUGACAUGAAGAAUAAAUUGGAAGAACUGAGAACACUUUGUAAAACACCACCCAGGUCAUUGUCAGAAGGAGCCAUUGAAAAUGCUUGCCUGCCAUGCAGUGGGGAGGCCUUGGAAGAACUUCGUGGGCAGUAUAUUAAAGCUGUAAAAAGAAUUAAGCGUGACAUGCUUCGUUACAUUCAAGAGAGUAAGGAAAGGGCUGCAGAAAUGGUAAAAGCAGAGGUGUUGCGAGAACGUGAAGAAACUGCCCGAAAGAUGCGCAAAUAUUAUUUGAUCUGCCUCCAACAGAUUUUGCAAGAUAGUGGAAAAGAAGAAGGGGCCGAGAAAAAGAUUAUAAAUGCUGCUAGCAAACUUGCCACAAUGGCAAAAUUGCUGGAGACACCUAUUUCUAAAGGAUCCCAGAGCAAAACUACACAAUCAGUAGCACUGCCCCUGACUUCAGAGAUGCUGGCUGGAGUUGAAAAAUCAAAAAGAAAUGAUACGAAUCAGAAUAUACCACGUUACACUGAAGGCAAAUCAAGCAGUGCAAAAACUGUCCCCGGAAGCCCGUGCGAACAAGUUCCUAAGCGGAAGUCUGUUCGUAACUUACGAAGGCUGGUGGAGAAUGCAGAGUAUGGGGACGCAAAGCAUGUGGGUUCCAAAAAGUCCCAGUCUGACUUUCAGUUUGGGGAUAGUAGUUGCAAGCACCUAAACAUUUUGCCUAGGAAUAUUUCUUCUGAGUUUUUUCCUUGCCAAGGUGAAGGAAGCUUUGGUUUACACAAGAAGAAAGACCUAGUGAGUGAUCCUGGUUCUGAGUCACUUCUUCAUUCAGCGGCAUACCCCUUUCUUGGGACUGUUGGAAAUAAAACCUCACCUGGAUGUAACCUGGGUCUUUCUGAGUCAGGAUCCACACAUAUAACCUCUCAAGAUCCUAAUGAGAGACCUGGUUUAAAAGUAUAUCCAUGUGAUCCACAAAUGGAAAGAGAAAACACCACAUCUGAGAAAAGUCAAGGUUUGGGUGUUCAGGAAACUCCAGUAAAGGAUGGAGGGGACCUUAGUGACUCCCUGGGCUGGCCUUCCAGCAAUGCGACUCUACCCUGUGACAGUCAUGACGCGUCAUUUGUGCAUGGUAGGCCACAAGGACCCCUGGACAUACUAGGUGACUCUGUUGAUUUCAAACAGUUUGCAGUAACCAGUUGUGUUUCGGAUACAGAGAAAAAUAAUAUGAAUUGUCAAACGAUGAAAUGUCAGCGUGAUCAAACUCCAAAUCUAUUAGAGGGAAUCACUAAUUCCCAGCCAGGGAAGAUCAGUGCAACGCUUGGACACUCACCUCAUCAUAAGACAAAUACGUUAAAGUCAGAUUUCAAAAAACUGAACAGUGCGGUGCCAUCUUCAGUGUGUCUGCAGUCUUCAAGAAAGUUGAUUGCUCCCCUACCUAGUCAACAAGAUAGUGGCUUCGAUAGCCCUUUUGUCAAUCUGGGUUAAUUGUUGUACAGUGUUUAUGAAGAAUCAUUAAUAUAUAGACGUGAAAACUGGAAGGGAAGACUUCAUACUGAAAUUAUGGGUUCUGCCUAUUUUGAGAUGUUUUAAUAACAUCUAUCAUAUGAGUAAAGUAUUCUCAUGAAAUUAC